CGCGGUGGGCGCGUGUGCGGGGAGCGCGGGGGGCGCGCGGCAGGUGCGCGCGUGUGCGGGGAGCGCGAGGUGCGCGCGCGGGCGGAGCGGCCAGAGCGGGCGGAGCGCGCGGCUCCCGGAAGCGGGCGUGGCCGCCCGGCGCGGCUCGUCCUUAAACCCGCGCGCGCGGGCGCGUCGGCCCAGGCCGUGGCAGCCGAUCGCCGAGUGCUCGAUCGCCCCCGCCGCCGCCGCCGCCGCGUCCCUCCCGCCGUCCCAGCCCCGCAGCCCGCCAUGGAGCGUGCCUUUACCCCGCUGGAGCCGCUGCUGCCCGCCGGGACUUUGAAGUACUGCCUUGUGGUUCUGAACCAGCCUUUGAACACAUGUUUCCGUCAUCUUUGGAAGAAAGCCAUUUUAAGAGCCUGUGCUGACGGAGGUGCCAAUCGCCUGUAUGAUGCCACGGAAGGAGAGAAGGGGAGCUUUUUACCUGAAUUCAUCAGUGGAGACUUUGAUUCCAUUAGGCCUGAAGUUAGAGACUACUAUACCCUUCAGGGAUGCGAGCUUAUUUCAACCCCUGAUCAGGAUCACACUGACUUUACCAAAUGCCUCCAGGUGCUCCAGAAGAAGAUAGAAGAAAAAGGCCUCCAGGUAGAUGUGGUCGUGACCCUGGGCGGACUGGCUGGACGUUUUGACCAGAUCAUGGCCUCUGUCAACACCCUGUUCCAAGCGACCGCCAUCACCCCGUUGCCGAUCAUAAUGAUCCAGGAGGAAUCGCUCAUCUACCUGCUGCAGCCGGGGAAGCACAGCUUGCGCGUGGACACUGGACUCGAAGGCUCCUGGUGUGGCCUCAUUCCUGUGGGACAGCCGUGCAACCGGGUCACGACAACGGGCCUCAAGUGGAACCUCACAAACGACGUGCUUGGUUUUGGGACCCUGAUCAGCACUUCGAAUACCUAUGACGGAUCUGGCGUGGUGACCGUGGAAACAGACCGUCCGCUCCUCUGGACCAUGGCCAUCAAACACUGACCCGAGCCCGACGCCUUCUGCCUCUGCCAGAGACUGACCUCCUUUGCAAAUGGCUUGUUGCUCCACAAAACAGUUCACCUUGGGGUUCCGAAAGCCCAGCCUCCCUGUGGGAGCCCCGUAGUUUUCCGUUUACAUUUAGAUGAUCCAGGGAACGCCUUCAUUUUCCCAGUGGAGAGUGUGGGCUGGUGACCGCUGUUUGUUAAGGGAGGAGGUGUUACCUCCAGUUGGAAAAUCUCAGGGCGGGGGUCUUUCUCCUGUGAAAGUCACUGCUGAUUAUCCUUCCACUGUUAAUCAUUCCACAUUUCCUGCGGAAUUGUUUUAACUCUGGGCCCAGAAAGCUCUGCUGAGAUGCACCGCUGUCCUCCAUCCAAUGCUCCCACUGGUCCUUAAACGCUUGACACCACCAACGCCCGCUCCUGCGUGACUGUGAAUAUUUUCUUCUUGUCUCUGAGGUAGAAAAAAGAAGUCCACCUGGAUUGGGGUGUUACAACUGCCACAUUUCACCCAGACCUUGCCACUGCAUUCACUGCGCUCUUUCCUCUUAAAAAUAAGAACAGUUAAACUGAUCAUUACGUUGGGAAAUAAGGUCGCCGAACAUGCAAGAGAAGGAAUGGGAGAUGGGAUGGGGGAUGAGUGACCGCAUCGGGCCUUAGGGGAUCCCCGGGUAAAAUCACGCUCCUCACCCGUGCACGCUAGGCAGAAAGUAUGGUGCCAAGGACACCGAAAUUUCCAAAUUCAUUUCAGCCCGACAUACAUCAGACCGAAUCCACUUCUGACGGUUCACGGGUCAUAAGCUAAUGCAGGUGGUCAGAACACGAGCUUAACAAUCUCGGGAGGGUCAGUGAGCUGAGGGCAUUUCCAAGCCCAGGUCCCCGUCCCAGGACAGCCAUUCACCUGAGUUCCUGAACCCCUUUCUUUGGGUGGGAGAACAGGAGGGACCGGGCUUAACAGGGUGCAGUGCUCUGCCCACGGGGCCAUCUGGACACUUGGCUACUGACCCCGCGGGUUCAGCCACCUGGACACAGACAGUGUUGGCGUUGCUGUUCUCUUGAGAUGCUCUUGGCUGUCCUACCCUUCUCUACCCAAUUACCAGUCCAAGGUUGCCAUACAGCCCACGAGGGAGAAGACCCUCCCCCGCGUGCUGCUCUCGCAGACGAUGCCAUGGAGCUCUGAGGAGAGGGACCAGCAGCUUUUUCCUUUCCCUCCUGGUGCUAUCAGGUGCCGCGUCAGACUGUCGUGUGAAUGGAAAAACCAAAGCGGGAUCAGUGGGACCACGGGCAGUUGGGAACCACUGAUCUAUCGAAGCUCAUUUGUUUAUGCAAAUACCUGUAUCAGUCACGUGCCAAAUAAAA